CCGAGUCCCUAUCUCUCGCUUGCCAUCUCACAUCAGAAAGCCUCUCUCUCGUCUCGCUAGGAACCAAUAUGUCUUUGAGCAACGAGGAAGACGUUUCGAGCAACUUUGCAUGCAACAUAUGUCUUGAAAUGGCGAGAGAACCGAUCGUGACACUAUGUGGUCAUUUGUUUUGUUGGCCCUGUCUUUACAAAUGGAUCCAUUUCCAUUCCCAGUCGAAGCAUUGCCCCGUUUGCAAAGCUCCCGUCAAGGAAGACAGUUUGGUUCCUUUGUAUGGAUCCGGUAAGCCAUCUUCUGACCCGAGAUCCAAGCCCGCAGCUACAAUCCCUGAUCGACCUGCUGCACCUAGGCUUGAAACCGCUCGUCCUCGGCUCCGACAAAGACAUCAUCAUGAGUCUAAUUUCUUUGGAGGGUUUGCUUCAGUUCCAGGUGGGGCACGGUUCGGGAACUUCUUGUUGUAGAGUACGUAUCUUGACGAAGCCGAGUAGUCACGGUGUUCUGUUUUAGACAAUGUUUUUAUAAAACUACACAUUGGUUACAAAUUUUGUUUCUGAGCUCCAUUUUUCUACAUCUUAUG